GUUAGAGGAGUGACCUUGAGUUUCUAAGGGACUGUUGGUAAGAAGCUGUGUAAGAAGCUUUUGUCGUGUGUGUACGACAAAAAGAGAGAGAACAAAGCUGAACUAUAAUCCUCCAAAGGACGAUGGCUCGACGUAUAAAAUUGAACUUGAAGGGAUAUCGGUUGACAUCAUGAAAGAGAUCCUAGAUUACAUCUUCAGUGGUCAGAUCAGGCUAAGUGAAGAGACCAUCCAAGAUGUUGUGCAGGCUGCGGAUCUGUUGCUGCUUACGGACCUAAAAACUCUCUGUUGUGAGUUCCUGGAAGGCUGCAUUGUGGCAGAGAACUGUAUAGGGAUCCGGGACUUUGCGCUGCACUACUGCCUGCUCCACGUUCACUACCUUGCCUCGGAAUACCUGGAAACGCACUUCCGGGACGUCAGCAGUACAGAGGAGUUCCUUGAGCUGAGUCCGCAGAAAUUAAAAGAAGUGCUGUCUUUGGAGAAGCUGAACGUUGGAAACGAAAGACACGUUUUUGAGGCGGUCAUUAGGUGGAUCUCCCAUGAUUCCGACUUAAGAAAGGUUCACAUGAAGGAUGUAAUGUCAGCCGUGUGGGUAUCCGGCCUGGACGCAACUUACUUGCGGGAGCAAAUGAUGAGUGAGCCUUUGGUACGGGAGAUCAUCAAAGAAUGUAACAACAUUCCACUCACUCCACCACAGCAGGGGGAAGCGAUGCUAGCCUCUUUUAAACCCAGAGGCUAUUCGGAGUGCAUUGUGACGGUUGGCGGUGAAGAAAGAGUAUCCCGGAAACCAUCGGCAGUCAUGCGAUGUAUGUGCCCUCUCUAUGAUCCUAACAGACAACUGUGGAUAGAACUAGCCCCCCUGAGUAUCCCCAGAAUAAAUCAUGGUGUACUGUCAGCAGAAGGGUUCCUGUUUGUGCUUGGUGGCCAGGAUGAAAACAAAGUCACUUUAAGCUCUGGAGAGAAAUAUGAUCCAGAUACCAAUUCAUGGCAAUCUUUGCCACCAAUGAAUGAGGCACGGCACAACUUUGGUUUGGUAGAGAUUGACGGAGUGUUAUAUGUUCUGGGAGGUGAAGAUGGAGAGCGGGAGCUUAUAUCUACAGAGUCGUAUGACAUUUAUAAUAGGACUUGGACUAAGCAACCAGAUCUGACCAUGAUUAGGAAGAUUGGUUGCUAUGCAGCUAUGAAAAAGAAAAUCUAUGCAAUGGGUGGCGGUUCGUAUGGCAAGCUCUUUGAAUCUGUUGAGUGCUAUGACCCGAGGAUCCAGCAGUGGACGGCCAUCUGUCCACUCAAAGAGAGGAGGUUUGGGGCCGUGGCAUGCGGCGUGGCCUCGGAGCUCUAUGUCUUCGGCGGAGUGAGAAGUCGUGACGAUAACCAGUCCAACGAGAUGGUGACAUGUAAAUCGGAAUUUUAUCACGACGAGUUUAAAAGGUGGAUCUACCUGAAUGAUCAGAAUUUGUGCAUCCCAGCUAGCUCUUCGUUUGUGUAUGGAGCUGUUCCCAUCGGGGCUAGCAUUUAUGUGAUUGGGGACCUUGAUACAGGUACCAAUUAUGACUACGUUCGAGAGUUUAAAAGAAGCACCGGCACAUGGCACCACACGAAGCGGCUCUUUCCAUCCGAUCUCCGCCGCACCGGGUGUGCAGCUCUGCGCAUUGCGAACUGCAAGCUUUUCCGCCUCCAGCUGCAACAAGGCCUGUUCCGCAUUCAUGUUCCUUCUCCUUGAGAAGCCUUUGGGAAGCUGAAGAGUCAGGAAGAACCUGAGAGUCUCCACUGCAUCAACAUAGCUUUACGUAAAGGAGAAACAAACAUCUUGCAACAGAAACGUAAACUGUAUGCUCGGCUUUGGUAUGGUUACUGUUAACAUCUUGGGCGCGGGGGGGAUACUUGCUUAAGUGCUUAAGCAUCAGCAAUUUGAGAAGUGGGGUGUUCGAUGUAUAAUGAUGAUGUAUCGGUCAUUAUACGUUGGAAAAUGGUCAAGGAGAAGGUUCAGAUUUAUUUAUGUAAAGAUAACAAACUUGCUAGCAAAGCAAUUAUUUUGAUUCAAAUAGGGAGGAAUUGGGUGGAAAGGGGGAAAAACCUGUGGGAAAUAAGCAAGGUCCAUUUCCCAGCAGGAGCAUUUUUAUGAAUACUUGUGCUGUGUUGAACUUGGAUAGCAUUGAUAGUUAACAUGAGGAAUAUUGUAUGGAAAUUGAUCUCACUAGUAUGCCCAAAGAGACUGUUAACCCCACUGUGGUGAGUUGGACAAGUGCACCUUCUUUUUCAAGGCCUUCCUCGCAAUUCAAGGUCUGUGCCUGAAGGGAUAGAAUUGUACAUAAUGUCAUUUUUCAGUGUUUUUUCAUUCCUAAGAAUAUUUUUAAAAUAUAUAUUUAAAAUGGACUAAACAGAGCUAAGGGUUACAAUUCAGUAUGGGGCUGAUGAUUGCACACGCGUAAACAAAAAGUGUGUGAUUCAAGGAAUCUGAGUCAUUUAUGAACCAGCAGCAACCACUGAGUGGAUAUCAGAUGCUGCAAUAGCCACUCAUUUACAUGCAAGGAGACUGAGCAUUCAAGAAAUGCCAUUCCAUUGCUAUGCCUGAAGUACGCAGUCCACAAAAGCUUGCUAUCUUCGGAGAGCAAUACUGUAGGGUGUAUCUCUCCAGACAACUUGAAAAUGACUGCUACAGGGCUGAAAGUUUCAAUGACUAUGUAUUCUGACACCCAAAGUGAGGGAGGUAAAGAAGAAAGAUUUUUUACCUUUCAGGGUGAAUGAGGGAAGGAAACCGUUGGCAAGUAAUAGACUUAAGACUCAGUCUGGGAAACGAUAUCGGGAUCAAAAGCUGGUGUACAAAUGACCUCUGUUUAAGUUGUAGUCUUACUGACUACUGUUGAACUUUAGAGUGCAGUUAUAGUGAAGAAUUUUCUUAAGUUCCCUCCCCCCCAGUCUUUUGUAACGUUUUGUUCACAUAAAUAUUAAUUAAUUAUAGCCUGUGGACUUCUGCUGGUAGAAAACUACUUACCUCACUAUUUACAUUUUAUUUUGUUACUUUGCUAGUGAAACACUACAGGACACUUAAAGAAAAAGGGAAAGUAAAGGGCAAGAAACACAGCUGGAACGUUCCAUAUUCUUGAACUAGAUGUUUUGGAACCCAUAUUGUUGUAAGACCCUGUGCUUUGUGUUCUGGAAAGCUGUAGGACCUCAGUAAUGCCUUUUUAUGGAAGGAGGCAUUGCUCUUGUUUACAUUACCGUGAAUCCAGGAGGACUUCUGUUGUUGUAUGAGAGGCUCCUGUGUUGAAAUAGAGGCUUGAGGUAUACAAAACAAGACGACAGUGUCUUGAAUUCUAUUAAAAGACACAUUCCAACAUCUGUGGAGUUUGGGCACAGUCCAGCGAAAGGUUAAGCAUAUUGAAGUCUUGUGUAUUUCAAGGAAAGAGAGGCUAAGCAUGUGCUUAACUUGCCCUCUGAAAUCCAGUGAGUCUCUGGCUGCAGACCUAUGCACACUUACCUGGAGUAAGUCUCGCUUAACACAGUGGGAUUUACUUCUGAGUAAAUGUGCAUAGGUUUCACUGCAUAAGUCCUGGUUGGGAUCACGGCCUUUCUAAUCAAAUAAUUGAGCUGAACAAAGUAAUCAAAGAUUGUAUUCAAUUGACUUGUUCCAUUGGGAAUGCCUACACAAUCCAGAAUUUGAUGUAUCUGUAUUCAAAGGUGGCGGUCCAGCAGAGCAUGUAGCUCAGCUCAUAUGCCCUCCCUGCCCCCAAACAAUGCAAACCGCUCUCUCAAAUGGCUCUCUACAACUAUCAUGAGUUUUUUCUGCUUCUUUCCCUCUUGAUGGCUGAUGGGAUCUUUCCUGAGGGCUGGGAGCUUUUUAUUCAUUGCAUGAUAAAAUACCAACACUCAAUUAUCUCAUUUAUCAACCACUCCAAGCAAUUGGGUUGUCUUUGGGCAAGCUUGUGUAAUAAUAAUAAUAAUAAUAGUAAUAAUAACAAGCCUACUCCCUCAGAGCACUCCAUCUCCUCACUGCCUGCCCUAGUCUCCAAUUGCCUUUAUAGAGAACUUUUAAACUCCCUUUUGAGAGAUGGUUGUAGGGAAAAUUGACUGGAAGAGGGAUCUUCCUCAUUUAUGCAAUCCCAAGGUUGACUGGAGGAAGCCGUUGGAGCAGGGUGGGUUUUUCAUUGAUAGAUGCACCUUGCCCCAGGCUUUGGUCUCCACUUAUUUAUUGUUCCAUUGUGAAAUAUAUUCAAGAUGGCUUAUAGCUUGACAAUAUAAAACAAAUAAAAAUAGCAUCCUAAUCCAAACAGUGUUUUUUUAAAAAAAAAAUAGGAAUGAAGGAACAGCCGGGGGAUACAGUCACACUUACAAGAAGACAUCUCCAAAGAUUUUGAAGAAAUAGUAUGAGCCCUGAGAAAUCCAUCAGUAGAUUGAUUUGCCUCUAGAGGGAAAAGAGUUCUGCUUGAUUUGGGGAGGGGGUCUCAAAUGGGGACCCGCUCUUUUAGAUUAAUUAUUUGGCCAUUGGUAGAUGCUUUUCUAGCCGCUUCUUGAUAAGUGUGAUAAUUGAUCUUCUCGAAUUCAGGCGCUGUACUGCUUUUCUGCAAAAUGUUUGCUUGGAGUGGUCAACUGUGUCCUUUCCUAGUGAGCUGUCUUCUUUUGAGUUCUCUGUGGAGGCACUAUAGCUCACCCAUCUGGACCAAAAAUUCUAAUAUAGGUACAAAAGAGAGAGCAGACACACAACUGACAAAGGUGGUGUGUGGAUUUGAGUUGUGGCGGGGAGGGGACCUUAUCCAUUGGAGGCGAUUAAGCAUGCUUUCCUCUCCUCUCUUCCUAGUUACCUGUGAAAUUCAUACUUGCUCUUUUUCUGUGCUUCCCCAAGAGGGUAGAACUAGAUAUAACGGACCUAAGUUACAGGAGGGUAGAUUUUGGUUGAACAUUAGCUUCUCAGUGGUUAAAGCAGUUCAGCAGUGGAUCCAGUUCACUGGAGCAGGGGCAUGGAUCCUUCCUAGCUUGCUGUCUUCAGGCAGAACCUGGACAAUCACCUGAUGUUGAGGAUGUUUUUGCUCUGGAUUUCUUGCACCUUUGUCACAGUGUGGGGCAGCCCAACUGUUUGGAGCAGCUGCUGUGAAUUUAUACUUUGCAUGGACCAUGUUUUUCUUUGCAAAGUAACAAGGUCAGCAUACCAUAUUGAGAGAACUUUAUUUUUUUUUUAAUUGAUGCAGAAAGGAAACGGACGUUCCAUCCUGCAGGUCUGAUAACGGCAACAGAGGGAUCUUGUUUUGAUUUUGCUGACCUGUCGGAGAGGUUUGCGUGGUGGUGGUGUUGUUUUUAAAUAUUAAAUGAAAAGUUUUUAUUGAAAAGUGAACAGGACAUAGAACUCUCCAAUGUUUACACCGGAAGUAGGAGAUCUCCUCUCAUCCUCUCUUCCUGCAGUCUUGUCCUCAGAGCGGCUGUGCAGGAAGUGUUUGGGCUGGGAGGCAGUCGCUGCAGAGAGAGUGGCGUGGCACUCCUGCGUUGUGAGUGCAGAAGGCAGCAUCUCCAGGUGGCUGUCGGCCAGGGCUGCACCUCUGUGGCCCUCCAACUGUUGUUGGCCUACAACUCCCAUCAUUCCCAGUUACAGUGGCCAAUAGUUGGGGAUGUUGGGAGCUGUAGGCCAGCAUCUGCAGGAGGGCCGAAGCUGAGCAGCCCUGCAGCAAGCUGUUGGAUCAAGCAGCAGAAGGGAGCGAUGCGACAGCUAAAGAGUCCUCCUGCCUGGUAACCUACAGCUGUUUAGAGGACAGUCUAGACCACGGAUUCUCAACCUUGGGUCACCAAAUGUUAUUGGACUUCAGUUCCCAUAACCCCCAGCCCUUGGGGAUUAUGGGAGUUGAAGUCCAAUGACAUCUGGGGACCCAAGGUUGAGAAUCCCUGGUCUAAACUGGUGAGCCUCUCUGCACCUGGCAGUUAGGAGCUCAUAGAGUGGCAUUUGCCACUAACAAAGAGCACAGGUGCAACCAGCUUCCCUUGUUUGCCAUCCUUAGGAUGCUGCUGUUGCUGUGUCAAGGAGAGGCUGCUACUUGUGCCAUCACAGCGCCAUCAGCCUGCGAUGGGACCGCAACAGGAUCUUGUGCUCAUCGGUGAUCUUGGGGUCAAACGAAACAAGGUGCCACUUUUAGUGUGGUUGGAGUCAGGUUACUGCCGAGUUUCUACAAAGUGGUGCUGGAGGUGACUUGAAGCAGAACAUAAAUGCUUGUGCCGCUGUAAGCGGAGCCUUUUGCUGCCGCUUUUCUCUGUCACAGCUGCUUCACCCCAGCUGUGUUUCUCCUCCUGUAGGUUUCUUCUGCUUCCUGAGCCCACCCCUUUCUCCCCGGAAGAAGGACGACUGGGGAGGAGAGGGUGGGGGGAAAGGGUUCAGCUUUUGACCUCUCAUGCUGUGUUUUCAAUCACCAGCCCACCCUGUUUUUUUGGAAUGUUAGCACAACUGGUGUGGGCUUUUACAUUUCUUUCUUUCUUACAUUUUAUAUCCUGCUUUUCCUCCAAGGAGGCCGGAGGGGUAUACAUGGCGGCUUAUCCUCAGAACAUCACUGUGAGGUAGGUUAGACAGAUAAGUGACUGGCCCAGAGUCACCCAGUGAGUUUCAUGGCUGUGUGAGGAUUUGAACUCGGGUCUGCCCAGUCUAGUCCAACUUGUGAACUACUGUACCACACUGGCUCCUGUGCUGCUCUUGCGUCCAACGUAUUCCUUCAGUUCUUUGGUUAUGGGUUGUCUUUAUUUAAUUGGGCUUUGCCUGCAGUUGUCUCCAGUCCUGAACAUUUUUGUAGCCUGCACUACCAACCAUGACAUGACUACUUAGUUUUUGCUUACACAGAUGUUUUUGAUGCUUAACGUUGGUAGUAAAGCAAGCCUUAGUUUAUUCUGUGUAAUCCGUAGAAGUCGAAACACGUUGUGGUAUAUUAUGCAAAUCAAAGCCUGUUGAAGAUGUAUCCUGCUUUCAACUAAAGCAAUUGUAAAUCAGUUUGUCUUUUAAAAAUGGCAGUUGUCUUUCCACAAAUACCCAGGCAACUUUCUAACCCUCGGUGGAGUUGAGUGGAGUCAAGAGAGCUACGUGCCAUUCUUUGCAAUAUUUCUGGUACCUCUGAACUCUUUGGUGGCAGCCGGUGGUGUGAAUAUGAGCAUUUCCUUUAUUUGUCAUGUUCUCUGGUCAAUCCUUUCUGUUUCCGAAAGCCUGUACUUGACACAGGCAGUGCAGCAGUCUGCAAUAAUGUUAAGAAACCACUAGACAUGCCAAGGGUUAAUUUCUCUCUGUCUUAACACAGGUUCUGCAGAUCUCAUCCGUUAAGAGCACAGAGAGGUUGAGCUGCACAAAGAAUAGUGGGAUUUGUUCGUAAAUAAACAUUAUGCAUGGUGGAACUUCUUAAGUGAAGGUUUUUGCAAGAUCCCCCCCUUACCGUAUUUUAUGGACUAUACGACGCUACGGACUAUAAGACACACCUUAAUUUUAAUCCCGUUUUUCAGAGUUUUAACAUAUUAAACUGUUAAAACAUAUAAGACGCACCUGAAUUUUGGCGGAUAUUUUUCGAGGAAAAAAGUGAGUCUUAUAGUCCAUAAUAUCCGGUAAUUUAUACUCCAAAGCUGCCUUGAAAACAGCAUUACCUGUGGGACAUUGGGCUGUCCCAGGAAUAUUCUAGUGACAUGCAUGUAAAUAGUAAAUGGCAGCUGACUAUUUUUUAAACUUAUUUAAAACCACUAGCCAGAUCCUGUUCUCCUGUGGCUGUAGCUGCACCCUGGGCAUUGACUGGCCCAACCAAAUGCAAACCAGGUGGAGACCCUGCUUAGCAACUGGGAGAACCCAUGCUUGCUGCUGCGAGAGCGCACCUUCUUCCCUGGACCUAGGAGGGUGAGAAUCUGGGAGGUGCACAUUGGCAUCUCUCCUGUAUGGCAGUGCACAUGUUCCCCCAAGGGGGCACCAGGGCAAGAAGGGCAUUCCGUUGUGCCCCCUACCAGUCCUUGCCCACACGUGCAGCUGUGUCCCACGCAAUUUGUGUUGACGGAUUUCACUUGUUGCACAACUCAGGUUCAGUCACCCUAAAUGUGAGCUUUAAUAAAGAGGCAGUAGUACUCAUUUUUUAAGACUAUAUUCUUGCGUUCCAACCAGUGUGCAUCUUUGUGCUGCUCGUGACGCCCCCAACACACAUACCCCACUUUUUAAAAUGUUAAAUCUCCUUGCACAUUAUUCUAGAUUAUUGUGUUCCUUGAUUUCUUACAUUGGCUCUUCCUGCAAUGCCAAUAUGAGCAGAAGCACGAUCGAUGGACUGGUUCUAGAAGCUUUGUUUGGUUGGUUGGUUUUGCAAUAUAUCGCUCUAGUUAUGAGGUGAGGUUUGGGUUCAAAGUCCAGCAACGUCCAUCGGUACAGUUACCUUCUUAUAUGUGUCUUGUUAGCAGUGUUUAAAACUGGGCAGGCGUCUGUGACAUGCCAAAUUUCAAUAAGCAAAAAUGUUUCUGUGUACAAUGCAGUAUUCAAAUUUUACCUGUCUGUAAUAGGGUGGUUUCAUCUGUCAGUGCACUUGCCCAAAAUGAAUUGCUGCUCUCAGUUUGUAAGUAGGAAAAUGGCUGACUAAUGAAUGCCUAAAGAAUUCUUGUAGCUGGUUCUGAAAGACCUGGAAACAUUAUGGUCCAUAUGGACACAUAGCCAGAGAGGUUGUGGGGGCUACCAGCAGACUUGGGAAAACCUGCAGACAUGUCUGUGUUCAAAAUAUCUGAAGAAGAAAAAAUCCAGGGGAGGGGGGGAACCCUCAAACCUGCCCCCAUGUAAGUCAAUGGGAUGGAUUGUUUGUGAACUCAGAAUGCAGUUAACAGACAAGCAGGUGAGUGGAGCUAAUGAAUGAUGGGGGAAAGGAGGGCUUGGGCAAAAAUAGAGGUAGGUUUCUCGGCUUGAAGAAUACUCGCUUAAGACAAUGGUGCCCCUUCUGCUUCUGAGGGGGAAAGGUGUGUAAAAUUAUUUUUUCUCACCAGCUUUUUCACAGCUUUAUGUUUCAGAGGGAGAAAGAGUUUGACACACUUAAGCUCGGUGGGGUGGGGUGGGGAGGUUAACACCCCACACACACACACACACCCCAUAAUAUAAAAGCAACCAUCUGUAUGUGAGGGACAGAGUGGGAUGCUGCAUAUGACAAGCCCUGAGUUACAACAGGGGCUCCAGUCUUUGUGGGUAACCUUUCCCCUCCAUGCUCGCCAGGGAUAUACCACAACAUUUGGUUGCUGGUCCGUACUUGUGUGUCGUUAAGUUAGUCCGACUUGGGGUGUGAACUUGUGAAAUACCACGUGCUCCCAGCACUGUGUCGUGCUCCAUAGGGGGGUUUUGCCAAAUCCUGUCCCCUUAAUCAAGUCGUCCUCUUUCUCCCUCCUCCCCAAUGCCAAGAUAUAGACGAGGCUUUAUGCGUUCGUCCCCUACCCCGUCGUCGUCACUGACUGCCGUUGGCACCUUCAGACUACACAUUCUUGGCCUUGAUAGUUAGCAGAACGUUAUGAACGUGCCGCCUUAGCUGUAGUCGGCCUCUCUAACAGGUCGGCAAACUUGGCUGUCCAGCUGUUGAGGAACUGCAACUCCCAUCAGCAUAGGAAGCUGCCAUAUCCUGAGUCAGACCCUUGGUCUAUCUAGCUCAGUAUUGUCUUCACAGACUGGCAGCGGCUUCUCCAAGGCUGCAGGCAGGAAUCUCGCUCAGACCUACCUUGGAGAUGCUGCCCGGGAGGGAACUUGAAACCUUCUGCUCUUCCCAGAGCGGCUCUAUCCCCUAAGUGGGGAGGUAUCUUCCAGUGCUCACACUUCUAGUCUCCCCUUCAGAUGCAACCAGGGCAGACCCUGCUUAGCUAAGGGGAGAAGUCAUGCUUGCUACCACAAGACCAGCUCUCUUUUACUAAGCAUUAUCCCCAGCCGUGUUUUAUGGAGGCUGGGGAUGAUGGGAGUCGUAGUUCAGCAACACCUGGAGAGCCGUUGUUUGCUACUCCUGCUCUAUGAGCUGUUCCCUUUGGGGUUUGGCUGAUAAAGCAUGAGCCGCUGCAGUGUUUCUGAAUCUGUGUUGGCCCCACUGAAUUUCUCUCAGUAGCUGUUCUCGCCAGUUAAAGUUGUGCCACGUCAAGUCGGUGUCGAGCCCUGUAGUUUUCUUUUGGUAGAAUACAGGAGGGGUUUACCAUUUCCAUCUCCUGCGCAGUAUGAGAUGAUGCCUUUCAGCAUCUUCCUGUAUUAUUGCUGCCCGAUACAGGUGUUUCCCAUAGACUGGGAAACACACCCGCGGGGAUUCGAACCGGCAACCUCUUCCUCCCUAGGCAAGUUACUUCCUUCCUGCGCCAUUAAGUGGCUUCUUGCUAAUUACUGUCUCUUAAAUAAAGUGUUGGUUUAACUUGUGGAAUAAGAAUAGUGUCACCAUUUCCAAGUGCCUAAUAAAACGUAGCCGUCUGAUUCUGUGACUGGAGAUGACAAUUGCUUUUAACCGUAGGGUAUAACUGACAACUUUUUUUAAAAAGCCACAUAUUUAGAAAUAGUUAAUCCUAGACUAGCCUGUUAUUAAAAGCUUAUCUAUUAUCUCUAAUACCGUGAAGUUGUCAAACAUUUUAAAUAAUGUUGAGAUCAUUAAUAUCUUUAUUAUUCUAACAAAGCCUUAACAGUACAAAGGAAGGCUGGAAUUUCUUACCGUCACUUGGGAAGCGUUCUGCAGUUUCUAAAGUGGCAUAUAGAUGGAUCUGUCACCAGGUUGCUAAAAUUAUAGAUCUCAGCAAUCCAGCCAUUAAAUUCCAGUUUGUUUGGCCAUUGAAUACCUUGAAUGUGAACUCUGCUCUGUGGCCUUUGACGGUCCUAUAACAAGCUGAUAUUUUUGGUAAGAAAAUGGUGUUCUUAUGAAACAAUAGUUACCCGUUCUGUGUCCUCACCUAAUUGUUUGUUUAGGGAUUUCUACCAAGAAAUAUCCAUUCUUAAGGCUCUCUAUUACUGUAUUUACCGAAAUUGAAGACUAUUGUAAAUUUAGGAUUAUUCCUCUCCUUAAAAGGCCGGCAGGAGGGGGCAUUUACCUGCAAGGAAGAGGAUUCUGAAUUGAAAGCAACCCCCGAUUUCUAACAUCAGAAAACUGGGGGGGCUAGUAUUGGAUUUAGAUAAAUGCAGUAAGCAUUCACCAUUUUAAUAUUGCUUCUGAGCAUGCCGCUACCCAGAGCAUCUGGCAUGAACCAUAGGCUGAUCUCUGGUGCAGAGUUUUACCAAGCUAAAUUUAGUUGUUGUUGUUGUUUUUACAUUUAUAUCCCGCUCUUCCUCCAAGGAGCCCAGCGCGGUGUACUACCUACUUGAGUUUCUCUUUCACAACAACCCUGUGAAGUAGGUGAGGCUGAGAGAGAAGUGACUGGCCCAGAGUCACCCAGCAAGUCUCAUGGCUGAAUGGGGAUUUGAACUCGGGUCUCCCCGGUCCUAGUCCAGCACUCUAACCACUACACCACGCUGUCACUGGAUUCUAAGUUUUAAUGUUGGGUAAUCUAAUGUGUGUAAAACGAGAUUUAUUGAUUUUUACAUCACCAAGUUUCCUUGGAUGUUCCUAGGCAUACAAGGAACAUCAAUUACAAAUCUCUGGCCAUUCAGUCUGAAUCCUUAUGGGGGCAGAUUAAGCAGUCUUCAGCUUGUAAAGGUAAAGGGUGCCAUCAAGUCGGUGUCGACUCCUGGCACCCACAGAGCCCUGUGGUUGCCUUUGGUAAAAUGCAGGAGGGGUUUACCAUUGCCAUCUCCCGUGCAGUAUGAGAUGAUGCCUUUCAGCACCUUCCUAUAUCACUGCUGCCUGAUACAGAUGUUUCCCAUAGUCUGGGAAACAUACCUGUGGGGAUUCGAACCAGCAGCCUUCUGCUUGUUAGUCAAGUCAUUUCACUGCUGUGCCAUCAGGUGGCUUUUCAGCUGUAAGAGCUAAGAAACCAGGUCCUUCAUAUUACAAAUGAUAUUCUGCAUUCUGUUUCCCACUGUAAUGACUUUCAGCAGCAGUGAAAUCUGUUUUGUCUUCACUUGAAUUUUUAACAGUCUACUGUAGCAACAUUUUUUUUAAAAAGGUUCCAGUUAAAAUGGGAAUUUCCAGUCUUUGCUUCUCAGGAAAAAGCAGAAUAAUUGCAUGUGUGCAAAGAUAACCUUUGCUUCAUCUCUUUGGUACCGUUCGUCCAGGUUUUGUUCUGUGUGGUAUCAAGGGUCUUGUUUGUUUUUUCUUAAAAGGUGCUAUUUUGACAUGUUUCUGAAUUCUCAAACACUAUGCUUGACAAGUUUAAAUCAAUCUAUUAUUUGAAUGUUAAUUAUUAGUUGAUGGUGUCCAGUUGUGUGUUCCUCUGUUUUUUUGUGGACCAGAGAAAAAUCCCGUGUUCAGUGUGCAGCUUUCUCUUGAGAUCAGCAUUUACUCUUUCCUUAUUUACACAUUUGACUAAAUAUAAAAGCCACCCUUCCUUGAACAAUAACAUAUCGUGAUCCCUGCUUGGCUAAUUACAUGAGGAAUCGUUCUUUUCUCAACGUAGUUGUGCAUGAAAUUAGAGUCCAAGAUGGGUUUUUUUCAGGUUGUGAUUGUAUGCUAAUUUACUAACCUCUUAUACAGGACCUCUUGAAAACUUUAUUAUUACUGUCAUCCCUUGCCAACCGUGAGGGUUCUUUGCAAGGAAAACCUCGUGGUUGGCAAAACUCAGAAUCUAUGGGAAUCAAGGGGUUAGGGGAACCGCAGUAGGGAACGAACCCUUAGGAGAAGGUGAAAACACCAUUUGAAAUCACUAAAAAUCAGAAUGAGCUUCUCCUACUUGAGUGCCAUCCAGAUGGACAGGAUGGGGGUUGGAAUGGGGUGGAAUCAAGGCGGGGAUGGGGAAGAGGGGCCAGGUUGCUGCCUCCCCGUCCCUCCUCCUCCUCCUCCUCCUCCUGUGUCCACAGCUGCAGGUGGCUGACAGCCACUCCCUGAAGUGUCAGGUUCCUCUCUAUGUACUCACUCAUAAUUCAGCAGGGUAGGCUGUGCCAUCAGGUCUCUUUGGACCUCUGUGUAGGGGAGAAUUAUGCACUCCAUAACUGUUUUUUAUGUCUUCUUGGAGAAGCUGGACCUGACCUCGGUCACUCGUGCUUUGGUAACAUCCAGAUUGGACUACUGCAAUGCACUCUGUGGGGCUGCUCUUGAAGACUGUUCGGAAGCUUCAGCUGGUCCAGAAUGCUGCCACAAGGAUGCUCGUGGGUGCAAGUCGCUUUAUGAGUAUCACACCCAUCCUGUGGCAGCUUCAUUGGUUACCGGUCCGAGCUAGAUCAAAGGUGCUGGUCUUGAACCUUUAAAGCUCUACAUGGCUUGGGGCUGGGGUACCUGUCGGACCGCAUUUGCCCAUAUGAACCUGCCAGGGCCCUCCGCUCAUCAUCUCAGGCCCUGCUCAUGACCCUGCCACUAACAGAGAUCUGGUUGGUGGGGGAUUAGAGACAGGGCCUUUUUGGUUGCAGCCCCUCAGCUUUGGAAUGCCCUCCCUCAGUGGUGUUUUGUUUUUUUUUUAAAUCAACUAAAACACAUCUUUUUAAAGAGGCUUUUUCUUGCUCCAUCUUUGGUUAUAUCGGGUAGGUUCCUUAGCUUUUAACUUUUUAUAGCAGGGUUUCUUAACCAUGGGCCUCCAGAUGAUGUUGGACUACAACUCCCAUCGUCCCCAGACAUGGCCUUUGUGGCUGAGGAUGAUGGGAGUUGUAGUCCGAAAACAUCUGGGGGCCCAUAGUCUGGGAAACAUACCAAUGGGGAUUCGAACCGGCAACCUCUGGCUUGCUAGUCAAGUCACUUCCCCGCUGUACCAUAGAGCUAAAUAAUCUCCUCUUGGCAACAUUCUUACACGCCCGCAGUGGGCACAGCUAUUGCAAGGGGGGUAUGGCUCUGGAGAGGAAGUCGGCAAACGAGAAACACUUCCUCUCCCUUUGUUUAGCUCAUUGUUUGCUUCCAAAGCUAUGCAACUGUAUGUGCACCCUUCUGGAAAGGGCCGCAUCUACCCAAGAGCAACAGUGUUUGACUGCUGUUUAAAAACUCUGUGCUCUCUGCAAGGGCAGCUCAGGCGGAGGUGACAAACCUCACUCCUAAUCUGAGUUGCUAGUCUCGGUUGGCAGACGUAUAAAUUUCAGGAGGUUCUUUGUUUUAGGCAACAUGUCCAAGAAAGACAUAGGCAGGCUGGCUAGCGGGGGGCGGGAUGUGGGGGAGCAAUGCUUGUGGACCUAUUUUGCAAGACUGGGUUUGUAUCUACUGUAUUAACCUCUGGGGAAUUCUUGUCACUUUGGAACUACCUUUUUUUUAAAGGGGCAGAUUGUCCUUUUGCAUCCAGGUUUCUGUCCAUCAGUAAAAGGCAGAUGAGGUGGACUAAACUGACCUUCUUCAAUAUAUUUAUUCACUUAACACAAAUGGCAUUCAUUGUAUUUGUGAUCUUGCUUCUGUAUCAAGCUGAAAAGUACAACUCAGAAAGUUACAGGCCUCUAAGCGUCAUUGAAAUAGAUAAAAGGUUUUUACCGUUUUUAACAAUGUGUUCACGUCAGCAUUGAUUUUUAUAGGACUUAAGUGCACUUAAUUUUCUUUGGAUUGUGCUCACAGCGUUCUAUAGAAGUUCUUAGAUUUAAAUGUUUUUUCCCCUCUUUUAUCAAUUGAAAACGUAUUGAUUUCUUGGUUAAGCAUUGCACAGUUUUGUUCGUAUAUAUCCAAGCCAAAAGGGAAUUUAGACAGCUCUUGCACUUUUGACACAUCCACAAUGUUUAAUAGAUACACAGCUUAUAUAAAGAAAUGUACAAUCGGCGGUUUGCUUUUCUCAAAGUGGCCUUUCAAGGAAAAGCACAUGGUAUACAGAUCAACAUUGCACAGUUCUGUAACUUUGGAAGAAUUUUUUGUAUUGACAAUUUGUAUGCAUUUUUCAAAAUAUUAUGUUCUUUUGUGUUAGAAGUGUAUAGACAUAAAUGGGCAAAAAAAGCAUCCAUAUUUUCCAUCAUGCUAUAAGUUGCUUGGAUCUGUACAUGUUUGAGGUAAUCCCCUGUUCUUCCAAGUUGGAGGAUGUUUAUCAUCUCCUGGCCCCACGUGGAUUCAUAUGCAAUCUGAAAUCCGUCUGAAUAGCAAUCUGAAAAUGCAAUCUCACAAAACUUGGAUAAGGGCUGCUGUUUGCCAGAAUUCCACCAAGUUCAUUUCUUUAUAUAUUCAUAAUGUCAACAUAAUGAAUUGGUAGGCAUGAAAUCCAGCUUCAAGAUCCUAGCUGUAGAGAAAUUGCAGAUGUGUUGCUAUUGGAAGACAGAUUCAUCGCCGUUGUGUGACCCAAGCAACUUAGAAAAACAAGAAGUUGUUACUGUACAUGACUCAUCUUCAUAAGAUUUCCCAUCCCAUGUUUAUAGCUGAACUGUUGAAUUUCAGAAAACACUCUUUCUUUGCCAUAGCUCCUGUUGUAAUCACUGUCUUAAUUCUUAACCUGAGAAGUCCCAGAGCACUAACAUAGGGAAAUUGGAACCAAGUGUGAUGACCUAAGUUUCGAGGUACAAGUCCGAUAAAUGUACAUCUUAAUGCACAAUUUAUUUUAGACUGUGGAUUCCACUAGAUGCUAUUUAAGAAAGUGGCUUGCUAUUUAAACAGCAUGCCAAAUAAUUGGAAAGACUAAAUCAGUUCUGAUCUUAAAAAUGGAAUACAGAUGGAGUUGCAUUUAGUUGCUUCUCCUCUCUUUAGUUGCUUCUCUUCUUGCGUUGCAUGUCUAGUGCCAUGACCAUUUGCAAUGCUAAAGCCUGUAGGAUGCCAAAAAUCAUAAUGAUCCCCUUGAUUUUGUUGUUGCUGAUUGCAAGUAUCUGCAAAACGUAAGGGAAGUGUUAACCUGUGGAUCCAGCAUCACUUUCGUUCUGUCAGCUCAGUAAUCAGGGCUUGUUCAGACACCAUACUUCUCCACAAGACCACCAUCACAUCCAUCACAACCUGUGAUAAAACCCAACUAAAAUGUGGUGGUGUGGCUGAAAGCUGCCAUGCAAAGUCAGACUUGUUUGUCCAUCUGCCUGCUUUUAUGGCAUCUGAACGAAACCCUUGCCGGCUAUAUGUGUGUGGUUGGGUUUAUUUCCUGAUUUGGUUGCUUAAGAGAUGCUGGUUCUCUUACUAGCUUAGACUUGAAGGGCGGGGAGGGAAAUCUAAGAAGGUUGGGCUAGUUUGAAUGUGUGCAUGCUAACUUGUAUUACAUUUGAAGAAGAAAAUGUGCAAUGUUAAUGGCACUUUGUGAUCAGUUAGUGAAAACUGGGCUUUGCAAUGGAACGUAAUUAUAUUAAUGAGUAAUGAAUAAGUAGUGUUGUCUGUGCUGUUUGUAUAUCCUUCUCAAGUGUUUUGACAAUGGCAGUUUAAAAAGUUGUAACCCCAAGAAAUCAUGCUGAAUCUUUUAUUCAUGGAGCUAAACAAUGGCUAUGAUCUAGUGGCUCCAGUGCACACACGGAACUCUACAGGUGGAGGGGCUUCCUCUUUCUGUGACCAGAAGAAUCCUCUGCGCUUGCAUGCGUCUCUUCAUAGGGUAAAGACAGAUGUAUCACUUAAACAGUAUUCACAGAAGGUAUUUCACCAUAUUGUACAUCCAAAACUCUAUAAAAAAUUAAUUUUAAAGAACAAUUGAAAAUUGUUCCAGGAAUUUGAGAGAAAGGGAGUUAGUGAUUUCCCAGGCACUAGCCAGUUAGCACUUCCUACUAAGUUUCCCCCAGUUCAAGUGAAAACACUUCCAAAAGCCCCAAAACAGAUUUCUCCAGUAUUUGCCUUGGGAAAGAAUAAAAUAAAUUUGGACUGAAUUUGGUGAGGGUGAUCCCACCCAAUCUACAAAAGAUAUGUUGGUCUUCACUCAUAGAAGAGAAGGGACUUCUGUAUGUGAAUUGGAGUUUCCGGGAUGUUGGAUUGUGACCAAAAUAUGUAAGUUUCUUUGCUUUAGGAUCAUUUCACAUGCCCCUUGUCCACCCAUCUGUUUUCCUGGAUAAUCAUGCAUGGUGGCCAUUUAAAAAAAUUAAAAUUCCUUUAUUCUCAUUGGUAAUUUUGAGGUUUACAUCUUCUAAAAAUGCAAAAAGGGAUACAAAAUGGUUCUUGGAUUACGUAGCACUUUGUUUACAUGUUCAGUAUAAUGUUGGACAAGUAAAGGGUUUUUUAAGUUUAGUUUUUAUUUUAAUUUAAAGCACAGGAAUUGUGCUCUGGGGGCUCUGUUGCCACUAUGCAAAUUGUGGCAUAAUAUUGUACUGAGGAUCAGUGAAAGUGUUUUAUCUUUUUUAAUGUUGUUUGUAUUGACCUGGUUUUAUAACGAUGUAAGAAAAAGAGUGUUGUAUUUUGAUCUGAAAUUUGUGUAUGGUAAAGUCAUUUUGCUUUAUGUAUUGGAGGUUUGUUGAAAACUUGAACUAUUUUAUAGAAGGGUGCAGACCAAAACAUAAUUGUCUGAAAGAUGUUUGAUGAACUAACCAAAUAAACAUUUUAUGGUUUGCUUACA